UCAAUUAAUAUAGACGUGCAAGCCCAUCAUUUCUCCUCAACCUAGCUCCUCCUAUUCUUUACUCGUAACAUAAACAUCACAAGACAUUAUCAUCAUCAUUCAUCACAUUAAACCUUCAUAUCUAAAUCUCUCAAAUCACAUAAAAAUGUCAUCACAUCAUAAUCAUCAUCAACAUCAUUACAUGACACCAACAACACCUAGAGAGAAAAGAUCAUCAUCUUCAUCAUUAUCCAUGACGACGAUGAUGAAAUCCUUUGCAUUACCACCAUCCCCAAUCCCUACCGCCGAAGGUUCUCGGUCGGCUGCGGUCGAUGACCGCAAGCUGAACGAUUACUUUGCAAACAAUCUUCAAAUACCAUACCUACGUCUCCCUGAUCCCUACAACCAAUGUCAUGCGGUGACCCGAACUAGGGUCCCCGCUCAGAUCGACUAUCGUUUAUUAGUCUCGAGAGUUGGUAACUCUAUCGAGAGAUUGGUUUGGUCGGCUAGAGAAUUUGGAGUGGUUCGGAUUGUAGGUCAUGGGAUUGAUAGACAAGAGGUUCGGUUGGUUAAAGCUGAGGUAGAACUAUUCUUUAGGAGUCUUGAUGAGCGAAAGGCUAGGUUCCGGAAAAGCUUCGUUGACAGGGUUGGUAACCGCGAGGAAUUUGUUUGGUUUCGGUCUGAUAAGGCUAUGUUGCUUUGGGCUCGUGAAGUCAUGGGUUCGGAUCGCUAUCGUGAUUUUAGCCGUAAGAUGGAAGGUGUGGUGAGGAAACUAGACAAGAUUGCAGAGGAAUUAGCAGAAGUAAUGUCAAAAUAUUCAGAGAAACGAUUCGAGAAGGUGAUAGAAGAGAGGGAAUCCAUAAUAAGUUUAUAUAGAUACAAUGAUAUGCACCCUAGCCUUCUUGUUUCCAACGAGGACAUCCAUGAGUCUUAUGAUCAUGCUUUGAGCUUACAUUUAGCUAUGGAGAAAGCUGAAUUUUAUGUGCAUACUGACAAAGGCCCUUUGUCUUUCAGCACUUAUCCUGAUACCAUUGUUGUUACGGUUGGAGACCAACUUAUGGAAUGGAGUGCAGGAGACUUCAAAGGUGUUUCAGGGGAAUUGAUAUUUGAUCCAAACUUCCAUGGAAGUGAAGCAUCAUACUCAUUAGAGCUUAAAUGUUCACCCUUAAAUCUUAAUUUUGGUUAUACAAAAAGGGUAAUCAAGACCAUAUCCUUAAUUGAUCAACUUUUAAUCAUACUAAUCUUUAGCUUCCUUUACCAGAUAUUUUUAUCCACUUUUUCUCAACCAUCAUUAGGAAUAAGAUGGCUUCAUUUCCUUAAUUAAGGUUAUAUCCUUUUAAAUUUCCCUUAUAAUGAUCAUGACUUGUUCUACAUAGAAUUUUGUUUGAUUAAAAUUGUUAUGUAUUUGAUCGAUUGUUAUUUUAUUGUAGAUGUCGUAUAAUAAUAUUUUUAUCAAU